AUGGAGCCGGCACUAUCAUCCGACGAUAGUUGUGAUUCCGAAAUGAAGCAUAUGAAGAGUGAAUUGAUCGAAUAUGGCUUGGAGGAAGAGAAUCUGAGUAAAGAAGAAAUGAGUGAUCUUUUAAAAGCUUUGAAGAAUUCCAGAUCUUCUGUAAGAGAAGAUAGAGCUGCUCGUGAUACUGAAAAUUCUGAGAGAGUUGAUCUUAUUUCUACCCCCAACAAGUCUAUGAAAAGGAGAUACUUGAAUGUGAGAGACAGACGCCUGCCAUGGAGUUUGUUGCCCUCUACUAUAUCACCAACUGAGAAAGCCCGCAGUCUGGCAGUCUACAUAAAACUAAUGUCUUUAAACAGCUAUCAUCAGGCGAGGCAAUCAGCCAUUUUUGCUGCCUGGCCACCACCACUGCAGAUUGUGGAGGAGACCACCAGAGUGCAGCCAGUAAGGUCUACUAGGAGUGGCCGCACUGUGCCUGUGUAUGUUGAUGUUGACUAUGAUGAUAAUUCCUCAGACUUAGACUUUGUUGUCACUAAAACUAAGAAAAGGAAAGUGUCUUCUAGUGAACAAAAUGGGAAUGAUGGUAUUUACACUAAUAAAGUUAUGAGCUUAAAAAGAAAGCCAUCAAAGGAUGAAAAUAACAGGCCUGUUAAAGAGGCUAAAAUGUCACCUGAAAAUAAAGUAGAUACCAAUACUUCAGUUGUUCCUGUGAAGCCUAAGAAAGAUCUUUUUACUUUAAUUGAAGACUGA